AUGGCUCCUAAGAAGGCAGUUGUAGUAACACCAGAGCCUGAUGUGGCUCCAGCGGCUUCACCGGUUAAUGGGGAGAAACCAAAAGCAGGCCCUGCCUCAGGUAAGGCUAAGGCCAAACGUCGUCUCUCCAAAGUAGUGAAGCCAAUAGGGCAUCCGCCAACUCUGUCCAUGGUGGUUGAGGUUCUUAAAAAGAACACUGAGCGGAAGGGGACCUCCGUGCCGGCCAUACGCAAUCGUAUCCUGGCUACCCAUCCUACUGUGGACCCUGUGCGACUGAAGUUCCUUUUGAGAUCUGCCCUGAAUAAGGGCAUUGAGAAGGGCAUUCUGAUACGACCUCUCAACUCAAGUGCCACAGGAGCCACUGGGCGCUUUAAGCUGGCCAAAGCACCGAAAAAAUCGAAAGAGGAAAAGAACAAUGAGAUGUCGGAGAACAAAGAUCCAAAUGUAGAGGCAGAAAAGCCAAAAAAGAAGCCUGUCAAGAAGACAAAGGCUGCCAAAGAGGAGAAACCUGAGAAGGUGGCCAAAGCUGCAAGUAAGAAGACUAAAGAUGAUUCAGAGAAACCCAAGCCUGCUGCAAAAGCAAAGAAAGAUGCUGAUCCGGAAAAGGCAGUCGCUGCCCCUGCCAAGAAGUCGAAGGCUAAAGCGGAUUCUCCCGAGCCAGAGGACGAGGAGGAAAAACCCAAGAAACUCCCUGCUAAGAAAGUGCCGGCAAAGAAAGCUCAAAAAGGAGAGACUUCAAAAGAAACCAAGGACCCAGAAGAGAAUCCGACCACAAAAACCAAGAAGGGGAAGAAGUGA